AUGGCCCAGCAGAGCAAGGAGGAGGGUAGGAGGCUAGAGCAGGCCUACAGGGACGUACUUAGGAAGGACAAGGAGGAAAAGGAGAAGCGGGCAAGGAAGAAGGGGGCCAAGAAAAAGGCAAAGGGUGGCAAUGCCAGGGACUUUGACACUCGUCACCUGGGCGUCUGGCACACAACUGGCGACAGGGAUCUGACCUUCACAGCAGAGACCUUGAGCCACAUGGAUAACACCAUCCCCCUCCUCAAGUGGAUCAAGAAGCACACAGAGCUCUUCUGCUGCAAGCUCAAGACGAUCCACCAGGCCUAUCAAGAGGCCUUCAAGACGCGAAAAAUCGGAAUGGAUUGGGUCGCGUCAAUCCAUGAAACCAAGGACGAGACACCGUCAAUCCUGUACAACUUUGGCACCCCAGCAUUCCAUGUCCUGCCUGCCUACAAGGUCAACGUCAAGAUGCAGCCCUUGGACGUUGUCAUCAGCCUCAUGAGCAGGAGUGGCAGCUGCUUACUUGAUCACUGCAUUACAGCCUGA